CUUCACUGAAUUUACUUCCACUACUCCGUACGCUUGGCUUUUUAUAGCAGUGUCAAAUACAAGACCAGAAUCCAGAUAAUAAGACAUGAAGGUUGCUGAGAUCCUCUCCGAUCUAACCUCUUUACGUGUUUGCGAAUACAAGGAUGCCCUUGCCCUUGUCACCGUCAACAAAAGGAUCCCUCUAGACUUAGCAUCUUCGGAAAUCCCCCAUGGGGGGAUAUCAGAUGCACAAGGCACGUCCCAAGAACAAGAAAGCCAGAUCCAGAAUGCUGAUCUGGAACGAGCCAAGGAACUGGUUGAUCUGCACUACAUGAUUAAAGAGAAACAUAAAGAAGGGAAUGUCGAUGAGGAUCUGGCUCGUUUGAGGAGUGAUGUUGAUCGGGUUUUGAGGGAGUUAAAUACGAGACGAGUAUGAGCUAUGUCCAUCUUUGAGAUCAGGAAGUGAGAUAUCUGCCAAACUUUAACUUUGAAGCCUUCGGGAUAUUUUAGAACAGCCUACAUGGCUACUGAUAUUUGCUGGGCUUUAUCAAUAUUCCAGGCUCAGGCUUUCGAAAGCAUGGCUUCAAGCUUCCAGAGAGGAUAUGGUUCGUGUCAACGCUUGGGUCGUAUCAAAACUCAACGGACAGAACAUCCUGGCAAACAAUACGAUAUUCUUGAACAGUGAAAGCAACCUACAUCAGUUAUCAAGUAGAUCAUUUAGAUCAUUUAGAUAUAAAUAAACGAUCGAUCUACACCUUCACAA